AUGGGAUUCUCUCGUUCCUCACGCUCGUCCAGCGACCGCAACGGAUCUAUCAGCUCCCGCGAGAGCUACAAGAAGGCUACUCUGUCUAGCAAAGCUGAUCCCAACCAGGCCUUGACUGAAGCUCAACCAAUCAAUCAAGCGGUAUCAGGGACUCCAAUGUUCUCGCUGCGAUCGAUGCAGCACCGUGACAAAGAUGGAAAUGUCAUCACUGAUCCCGACCGGUCCAAUCCCACAAGGCCCCGUCUCGAGCGACCGCUAGAUACCAUCCGAUCGUUCGAAGCCGCCAUCGAGGCCCGCCGUCGAGAAAUGUAA